AUGGUUGCAGAGGAGCAGCCCCCAAUCGCUGUAAUACCACCGUUGACUUCCAACGUCGCCGUGCAAAGACAGCCGAGUUUUCAGAGCAGCCUCGAGUCUGACCUGCAGCCCGAUGGCAUUCGCGUCAAGGUGGAAGACGACGGAUUCACCGCCAACGACAAGCAGCAGCAAGGAAAAACCGAGGAAAGACAAACAGGCGACGAUGAAGCCAGCAACCUUCACAUUACGAGCCUGUUCGCAGCACUACCAACAUAUGGUCCACCGACAACCGCCAGAAAGCUUCAGUAUUCGCUCUUCAAAAUCACUUCUUUCAUCCUCAGCCUGCUCUUUCUCCUCAGCAUCGUUUGUACGUCAAUGAUCGUCAGUAUCCCCAUGGCCCUCUGCAAGGCAUUCUACACAUGCACAUUCCGCAACUACGACAAAAGGCGCAUCUUCUAUGCGGAGGAGCUGCGCCGCGCCGAGACGCGCCGAGCCAAGGAGCGCGCCUGGAAGCGGCGCAUGUCCUGCGGCGACGGCCCCGUGGAUCAAGAAGGCCUGGCGCAGCGGUACCAGCCCACCGAGGGCGGCCGUGACCCUAUCAUCAGCGAUGUGGCCUACUAUGCGCGCCGAGUAGGCCUCGAUGUGGAAAAGAUCAAAGUCAAAACGGAAGACGGCUUCCUCAUCGAUCUCUGGCACGUCUUUGAUCCAUCAGAGUACACCAGCGCCAAAGACCCAGUCAGGACCGCCAAUCACCGAGUAUUUCAGGAAUCCAAGAUGCGGCUCAAGAAUCCCGAUGCCAAGCGCAAAGCACCGGUCCUGAUGCUCCACGGCCUUCUCCAGAGCUCCGGCGCCUUUUGCUGCAGCGACGAUGAGUCGCUGGCCUUUUGGCUGUGCAAGGCCGGGUACGACGUGUGGCUGGGUAACAACCGCUGCGGCCUCGACCCCCGGCACGAGGUGCUGCGAAGGGACGACCCGCGUAUGUGGUGCUGGAACCUGACCCAGAUGGGCGCCUUUGACCUCUCGGCCCUGAUUGACCGGGUGCUUCUCGACACUGACUUCCCCAAGCUGGGCCUGGUCUGCCACUCCCAAGGCACGGCGCAGACCUUUGUCGCGCUGGCCAAGGAGCAGCGGCCCGAGCUGGGCGGCAAAAUCUCCGUCUUUUGCGCGCUGGCGCCCGCCGUGUACGCCGGACCGCUGAUAAAGAACCUCUACUUUCGAUUCGUCCGCCUGCUCUCGGUGGCCUGGUUUCGUCUCGUGUUCGGGGUCCACGCCUUUAUCCCGUUCAUGAUGCAGAUGCACGGGAUGGUGCCGCCGAAAAUGUACGGCUGGCUGGGCUACCAGGUCUUCUCGUACCUGUUUGGGUGGACGGACGGACGGUGGGACCGCGGCCUGCGCGACCGCUUCUUCCAGUUUGCGCCGGUGCAUGUGAGCGCCGAGACGAUGCGGUGGUGGCUCGGCAGCGACGGCUUCGCCAAGCACAAGUGCGUGCUCGCCACCAAGGAGACGGUGCGCACAGAGGACAGGAUCGACCAGGAGGACCUGCACGAAGCCAGCAGCGGCAUCGUCCGCGUCAAGACGGAGGAGGACAUGGAGUUGCGGCGACUGUAUGGGCGAGGCGCCACGGCUUGGUACGAUGAAAGGGUGCCUCCCAUGGCCCUGUGGGUUUGCGAGAAGGACGAGCUCGUUGACGGGAGACGAUUGCUGCGCCGGUUCGGCAACGGCCGGGAACCGCACGUGAAGCUCGUCCACAGCAAGGUCGUGGACGGAUACGAGCACUUGGACGUCCUGUGGGCCAUGGAUGCUGUCGAUCAGGUGUUUGUGGAAGUGCGCGAGGUGCUGUGGAAGACGUGGACACGCAGGGAAGAAUGCAUUGUUCCGGAUGGCUGUGAGGGGGUGGCGGAAUGGCAGCCGGCAGCUAUGUAA